AACUGGUAUGGAUGUGUUUCGUCGCGUGUCCGUUUCUCGAUGAAGAAAAAGAAAGAACCAUCAUCAUCAGCCUAGUAGUUGUUCCAUCUUUUUAUGUGUUCAUGGUUUUGAAAGACUGACUUGUUUCUUCUGUAUUCCGCCGCGAUUUUAUGAGUUAAUUCGAAGGUGUUGUGAUCAAAAGUGACGUGGAGCAAACUGACCGUAUUAGCCGUUCCCGGGAAAUCGGUUCGAUUGUGGGAACUUGGUUCGGUUGGCUUUGAAAAAUUGACGGGAAAUUGAAGGUGUUUAAUGUUUUAAUAUUGGGUCCAGUGAAUCUUGAAAAGGAUUACUUCGAUUGUACAUAAAGUUUGCUAACGUGGACCGAAGUGAGUGACACAUUCAACAGCUCGCUUGCCCCGGUCAUUGCUUGCUGUGAUUCGGAUUCCGAAAAGUGUAUAAAGCUGGAAGAAGCAGGAGCAACAAGAAUGUUAUUGUACGUUUGAUGAAUAACUAAAAUAAACAACACACAGAUUGGCAUCGGUCGUGGGGAAAUUUUACACAUAGGCGCUUUCUAUCUACAUAAUACUCGGAUCGAAGCAGGAGAAGUUCUCGUGGCUCGCCGGCUCUUCGAUGUUGUUGUGGCAACUGUCGUCGUUCAGAUAGAGGAACAAUGUUCUUCCGGGGAGGCCUGAGCUUUCGACGCAACCUUGGCUCGAAGUUGAUCCUGGUUCUGAUUUUAGUCCUGUUCGUACUAUUUUAUUUCAAAAAUCUCAAUAAUGGAAACAACACCAACAGUAUCCAGAUACCGAGUGCUUUGGUGGCAAAUCUUAACAAGGGCAACAUCCUGGUGGCCGUAGGAACCGGAAGCCAGGACCAGUUGUUCGAACAACAGGUCCUUGCUGACCUCGCCAAACAGGAACCGGGUCUGGGGAACAAUGGCAAAGGGGUAGACCUAACCGGGGAGCCGAAAGAAAUCGGUGAUAAACAACUGGCUACGAUUGCCUUGAACGAAGAGCUAAGUGAACAUCUGAGCUACAAUCGGACUCCCCCGGAUGAGCGGCAUCCGGCAUGCAAACGAAAAACCUACGAUCUGGACGGCCUUCCCUCGACGAGUGUGAUCAUUAUUUUCUACAACGAGCCAUACUCGGUACUGGUCCGCACGGUGCAUUCGGUUCUGAACACGGCAGAUCCGCGGCUGCUGAAGGAAAUCAUCCUGGUCGACGACGGGAGCACCAACGAAGAGCUGAAGGGAAAGCUCGACUAUUACGUCCGAACUCGGUUGCCUUCGAAGGUGAAGGUCUUGCGGCAGCGAAACAGGGUCGGUCUCAUCCGAGCCCGUCUCGCCGGGGCCCGUUUUGCCAAGGCCGAUGUCCUGGUGUUCCUGGACGCGCACUGCGAGUGCAUGGCCCAGUGGCUCGAACCACUGCUGGAACGCAUCAAAGAAUCACCCACCAGCGUCCUCGUCCCCAUCAUUGACGUGAUCGAGGCCAAGAACUUCUAUUACAGCACCAAUGGGGUUACUGACUUUCAGAUUGGAGGCUUCACCUGGGAUGGGCACUUCGAUUGGCAUGAUGUGACCCAGCGGGAAAAGGACCGACAGAAGGCUGAGUGCCCAGAGAAGGAUAUUGCCAUCUGUCCCACGUACAGUCCAACGAUGGCCGGCGGGUUGUUUGCCAUCUCGCGGGAUUACUUCUGGGAGAUUGGGAGCUACGACGAGCAGAUGGAUGGGUGGGGUGGCGAGAAUCUGGAGAUGUCCUUCCGGGUGUGGCAGUGCGGCGGCACCCUGGAAACGAUACCGUGCUCCCGGAUUGGACACAUUUUCCGGGAUUUCCACCCUUACUCGUUCCCCAAUGAUAGGGAUACUCACGGAAUCAACACCGUAAGGAUGGCCGUAGUUUGGAUGGACGAUUACAUAGAUUUACUGUAUCUCAACAGACCGGAUUUGAGGGACCACCCAGAAAUCGGGGAUGUGACGCAUCGUCGAGUGCUUCGAGAGAAGCUUCGCUGUAAGAGCUUCGACUGGUACAUGAAGAAUGUCUACCCGGAGAAAUUUAUCCCGACCAGGAACGUUCGGGCGUAUGGUCGAGUGUCAUCCCUAGCGGAAAAUCUCUGCCUUGAUACGCUUCAACAGAACGCUGACAAGCCGUGGAAUCUGGGCAUCUACACCUGCUUCCGCACGGAGGUAUCGGCAUCACAGCUGAUGUCCCUCACGAAAAAGGGUGUCCUUCGAACGGAACGUAGCUGUGCCACGGUGCAGGACAACAAAUCGGACACCAGGUUCGUCGUGAUGAUUCCCUGUGUAGACGAUGACGACAUCGACGAUACCUGGCGGAUAACGGAACAUCAACAGCUAAUGCACGUAAGUUCCGGCCUGUGCCUGGACAGCAGUGACCUAUCGACCAAAAGCUACGUCCACGUGGCGCUUUGUCUUCCUAUGGUAGAUAAUCAAAAGUGGGAAUUUCAACACUAAGGGGGUAACAUCACCGUGAAAAAUCGCGCUCUGUACUGCCAAAUUUGGCGCGGGAAAAUAGUCUUUACAAACACAAGGAGAGAUAGAACUGGGUCUGCUGUAUAUUUUUGCUAUUUAUUGAUCUGGACGCAAAUAUUACCUCGUCUACGGCACGCGACUGUAGGCAUAACUCUGCUGUAGUAGAAAUAUAUUUUAAAGAAUGAAAGCAAAGAGUGAAUCCACCCAACUGGAACCGAUGUUAUAUAUGAUGCAAUAAUCUUACACUGUGUAUAAACUAAAAAAAUCUCUUUAGUUUAGCUAGGAUUUUUUCAUUAAGCGAAAGUCUAUACUAUAGGUGUGAAUUGUUGCACCUGUUGUAAAUUUCACCAUAAUCUAAUCAAGUGGGGAACUCUGACAAAACCGAGACGGAUCAAGAGAUUCACCCUAACUAUGCAUUCCCUCCUCUUUUAAAAAAGAAUUUCUAUAUAUUAUAAUAACGUAAAACAAAAAAAACGGGCAGCAAACUAGAAAAAAAACUUACUACCUACUAGGAAAAAUGGUCUAGAGACAGAAGACGCAG